GGUCCGUCCGUAAAUGCGUCCUUCCGAGGAGUUAUUAGACUGGCGCAAAUUCAUCUCAUGCAUUCGUCUCUGAUUCAUAUUGCGUCCAGCUCGACAUUCUGACGCGCCAGCCGAGAGCUGAAGUCGUCGUUUUUUAAUAUCUUUUAAACGGAGAGCAGACUUUCGUCGAUUUAAGGCGACCGAGCGCCGCUGUGAAGGUUUAUUCGGGAUUCAUCAGCGCUAUGGCGGAGGUACAAGGUACGUCGAGUGAGACGAUAACGGAGACCGUUCAGACGGGCACACCGCCUCCACCCCAGCAGGAGGGCAGAAGCCUGACCAUCAAGCUCAGGAAAAGGAAGACGGAGAAGAAAGUGGAGUGGUCCAGUGACACGGUGGACAAUGAGCAUCUGGGCCGGAGGUCUUCAAAGUGUUGCUGUAUUUAUGAGAAGCCUCGACAGUUCGGCGAGUCUUCCUCGGAAAGCGAGGGGGAUGACGAGGAAGGCUGCGGAAGCGCGCACUGCAUUCUGGGACACGGGAGAAGAGACCAUGGACAGAGGGAGGGUGGAGGGGGCACAGCGCCCCCUAGCUCUGGGGGAACAAACCCUCACUAGAAGUUGAGGCGAGUGGGAGAGUCGGUUUGGAGGGAAGGGUAACGGACGGCGUGGGCACUACAUUCAUAAUCCCUCAUCCUCACUCACACUCAAUUACAUCACACCAUCACUGGGUGUCAAAAGCUUUUUGAUGAAUGAAAGCUUGUAGAGCAAUGCAAUGUGAUUCGUUUUCUCCUCUGUCAUUAGUUUGAUGACCAGGAGAAGACUUUUUUGCGAUCUGAAUGCUGCAGAAAAUUAGUUGUACAUAGGACAUUGGUUUUUAUUUCUUUUGUUAAAUCCAUAUUUAUUUGUUUGCGUUUAACAACUUGAUCUUAUCAGUUUUGUCCACAAACAAUAUUAACAAUAACCUUAAAAUAUGAUUCAGGAGGGUUAUAGCUUCUAGUUCGAAUCAAGUGGAUUUAAAAGGAAUAAAUGCAGUAUAAAAAAGGAAUAUUAUAUCAAAUAUAAUUUGCCUUGCGGUGUCACAAUUCUAGCAGCAGUAUUUCUUCAUAUCACUUGAGGAACUUCAAGCGUAAUAUGUGUUGUGUGCUAUAGUGAAUUUAAAACGUGACAAGGUUCAGGAACUCAACCCUUUGGAUAUUUUUACAAGGGUGCAUUAAACCAUCUCCAUCAGCCGUGAAUGCUUGAUUGAGUUAUGGUGAGACUCCCCUCAGACAAUCGGACUAGUCAGAGACUCGGCAUGUACGUGCAAAGACAUCGAUGUGUUUAUAACUUAGUGAAGUGGACUGAGAAACAUCCGUGAUGCUUUACUUCAUUCUGAAUGCGAGUUGAGAACGUCAGCUUGAUCAUUACACAAAACUGACCGAAAAUAAACAGCAGCAGUGAAAUUAAAGAAAUGGUUCAACCACAUAUUAAUAUUUGCUGAAAAUGUACUCUCCCUUUAGGCCAUCCAAGAUGUAGAUGAUGUAUAUGUUC